GCUGAAAGCAAAAGGCAGGCAGUAAGGCAGGGUAGGCGACAAGCAGUUUGCUACUGGGCGUCCCCAUUUGUCCCGCUAUUUUGCGAUGCAAUAGCUCCAGAAAGCACAUAUGCACUAAUAUGUGUGUGAUAAAGUGACGGAAAAAAAAAACAAAACUGUACAGCAGGACGCUCUUCUGCAAAAUACAAUAGUCUUGUGAUCGAAUUAUAGAGUAAGCGGAAGUGAGGUCAGGGAGGCAGUCUGUCUCCUCCAUGUUAUUGUUAUUGUGGUUGUGUGAUGAUAAUAUAAACGGGAGACCAGAGACCCUCCUGAUCUGGAGCAGCCUGGGAUUAUUGUGUACGGGAGACACGCACAAUCUGUCAUUACAGUGUGCGUAAUUCUGUAAACUACAGAGUAGGUGCCACUAGUCCUCGAGAGUAGAGUUGAAAUUGUGCUAGUGUUAAAAUAGUAUUUGCCUGCUGCUGCUGCUGACAUGAACGGCAUCAGCAAGGGCAGGUUUGAGGUUUUCUCAAACAACGACGAGGCACCUAUUAACAAGAAGCUUCCAAAAGAACUCCUACUUAGAAUAUUUUCCUAUCUGGAUGUGGUUACCUUGUGCCGAUGUGCCCAGGUGUCUAAGGCAUGGAAUGUCUUAGCAUUGGAUGGAAGUAACUGGCAAAAAAUAGACUUGUUUAACUUUCAGACAGAUAUAGAGGGUCGUGUGGUGGAGAACAUCUCAAAGCGGUGUGGAGGGUUCCUGCGGCAGCUCAGCCUCAGGGGGUGUCUCAGUGUGGGGGACGCAGCGAUGAGGACAUUUGCACAGAACUGUAGAAACAUUGAAAAUCUGAUCCUCAACGGUUGCACAAAAAUCACUGACAGCACGUGUAUUAGCCUUAGCAAAUUCUGUUCCAAACUGAAAUUUCUGGACUUGACAUCCUGUGUGUCUCUAACAAACAACUCUUUAAAAGCUGUAAGUGAGGGCUGCAAAAAUCUGGAGCACCUGAACAUUUCCUGGUGUGACCAAAUGACUAAGGAUGGUAUUGAAGCUCUGGUGAGAGGAUGUGGCGGUCUCAGAGCUUUAUUUCUUCGAGGCUGCACACAGCUCGAUGAUGAAGCACUGAAGCAUCUUCACAAGCAUUGUCCAGAACUCAUGACGAUCAACAUGCAGUCUUGUACACUGAUCUCAGAUGAGGGAUUAGUAAGCUUAUCCAGAGGAUGCCAUAAACUUGAAAUUCUGUGUCUCUCCGGGUGUUCAAACAUCACUGACGCUUCCCUGACAGCCCUUGGGUUCAACUGCCCCAGACUCAAAAUUCUUGAGGCUGCAAGAUGUUCCCAUUUGACAGACGCUGGUUUCACAGUUUUAGCCAGGAAUUGUCAUGAACUGGAGAAGAUGGAUUUAGAAGAAUGUAUUCUGGUCACUGAUAACACUCUUGUCCAGCUCUCUAUUCACUGUCCCAGGCUCCAGGCUCUGAGUUUAUCUCACUGUGAGCUCAUCACGGAUGACGGGAUCCGCCACCUCAGUAACAGCGCCUGCGGACACGAGCGGCUGCAGGUGGUGGAGCUGGACAACUGUCCCCUGAUCACUGACCUCACCCUGGAGCACCUGAAGAGCUGCCCCAAUCUGGAGAGGAUUGAGCUGUACGACUGCCAGCAGGUGACCCGCGCGGGAAUCAAGAGGAUCCGGGCACACCUGCCGGAGAUCAAGGUUCACGCCUACUUUGCCCCUGUCACCCCCCCUCCCUCGGUGGGCGGCAGCGGCCAGCGCCUCUGUAGAUGCUGCAUCAUUCUUUGACAGUGGACUCCCUGGAGCAGAUCUGUGUAACAUAUACUGUUAGUGUGAAUGAUGAUCAUUAUAAUGCUGGUGAUAAUCUGAAGGCUGCCAGACCUGGGGGAAGGAGGAGGAAGAGAAAGCCCUUGCAGAGGUUUCGCAAUGAGUCCUGGACCCUCUUGAGGUCACUACGGUGUGCUACAUAUGGAAGGGGGGUGGGGUGGGGGGAGAGACGUGGGGAAGACCAUAGCAGAUGGAAAGUCUGUGGAGGAGAAAACAAAAAAGCAAUUUCUCAUGGUUUAUCAGCCAAUGCUUCCAUUUCAAUAAGUCUGCACUUAACUUAAGUCCAAGUACCCCUUUGUGUUAUUGUGUCCCUUAAGGUAAUGUAACAAUAAUGUGGUACUAUUGGCAGCAGCACAGCGCUGAACAGGACGUUUGUAAUGUGGUGUGCAAAACAUUUUACAUGUGUUGGUUAAAGACAGGUGGGCUGGAUCGAGAUUUCUGGAAGCAAGGUAAAAGUAACAGCUCAACAUGCGUUUAUAACACAACAAAAGUAACAGCUCAACAUGCGUUUAUAACACAACAAAAGUAACAGCUCAACAUGCGUUUAUAACACAACAAAAGUAACAGCUCAACAUGCGUUUAUAACACAACAAAAGUAACAGCUCAACAUGCAUUAUAACACAACAUGCAUUUUCAACUAACACCUGGAAUAGAACUUAAGUGGAACAUUCAUAUUUUGUUAUUGUUCAGGUCUGAACUAUUCCCAUUGGACAUUAUUAGAGGUGAAUGUCAGCCAAGUAUGUGUUUUUUUUUUUUUGUUUUUUUUUUUUUUUUAACCCCAAUGUAAAACAGAGAUCAUCCCACAACUAAACGGACAGAUAUUACAAUAAAAAUAUGAUUAACUUGUUUUAAAUAUAAAAAUGUGAACUUGCCUGCAACUAUUAGAAUAUUUAAACAAACAUAUAUUUAAAAAUGUACUCAUGUAUAAAUGUACAGUAUAUUAAUAUUUUAAUAGUUGAUAUACACUUUAAUGAAGAUAAACAGCAAUGCUCCUUGUAACAGCCCUAGAUUUGGGCUUUAGCUGUACCCUAUACUUUAUUAUUAUUUCCAGACCUUGAUUAAGCAAUUAAGUAACAUUUCCACUGGGAACAUUUUACAACAUUACUCUGUAGGAAAUACUAAGGGGAUACUGACAAGUUUCACAGUGUUUUUAAAAAACUGUUCAAGUAUGUAAAGAAGUCGCUAUUAAGUAAACAGUGUUGCGCAUUACUGCAAUAAAAUACUCUUCUGCACCCAACCAGAAAAUAGCUUUUUAAAAAUAAUUAUCAAUUCUUUCUGAAUUUGGAAACCAUUUUUUUUCUUAAAUUACUGCUUACAUUCACUAGUAGACCAAGGUCAGCCUUGCUGUUUCUAAAGAUGAUGGGAUUUCAUUUUGAACCUUGGAUGUUACAAAGCCAGUUGGGUGUAGAAGAGUAGGAAUCGCAGGCGUGAUCCCCUUUUGGACUCCUGAAUUAUUACAUGUGUUACUGCUAUGCAGUCUGAUGCUGUAGCUGGAGAAAAAAAAUUAAAAAAAUAAACGCAGUACUUUUUUUUUCUGCAGUUCAUGAAAACCGAUACCUUAAUAAUCUUUAAAAACAUGCCUCCAUUGAAAUGCAAAUGUGACAAUGCAUAAUUUAAUUGCACUUGUUUUAAGACGUGGCAUGUUCUUAAGAAAGUCAAAUCUUGUAACUGGUUGAUUUUAUCAACAAUAAUGUACGGUAAGGGCAGUUAAAGGCUGUAGCCCCUUGUAUUAUUUUGGGUGUAACCUGACAACUUGUGUGGUCAUAUCUGCUUAAGAAAUCUGUUUGUUAGCAAAGCACUAUUGUUUUGUUUUUCUGUUUCUUUUCCUGAAAGAAUACUUGUACAAGUCGCUAAACUCCCAAAUACCUUAGGGAGAUAGUACUUGAUGAAAAAUGUAUGCCAACAUUACUUGUGCUUACAGAGUGUUAACACUGAGAGUGCAUUUUUAUCCUUUUCAUUGAUACAAAUGCUCUCCCUAGGUAAGUGAUUUAACAUAACUUUUUUAUGUUAAAAAUAAGGUGAUCGAUAGUCAAAUUGCUCUGGCUGUUACUAUAAUUGAAAGUUUAUUGAAUAAAUACUGUUAUCAUAAACGA